GCCCGGGCACACGCCAGAGAGCGGGCGGUCGCUCGCCAUGGAACAGCGGUUAGCGGAGUUCCGGGAGGCCCGCAAACGGGCCAGUCUGUUAGCCCAGCCCUCCACGUCGAGCCAAAGCGUGCAGACCUCCGGAGCGGAGGCGGAGCCAGCGGCGGCGACCCCACAGACAGGCACGGGCUGGCUAAGACGCUUCCUGAAGUGGAAAACAAGCCCCGCCCCAGCGGUGGCUCAGCCCAACCAGCCUCAGGAAGCAGGCCAGCAGCCCUGCCAGAGCACAGCAGUCCCUCUGCCUUCCUCCUGCCGCCAGUCUUUCCUGACUAACAUCACCUUCUUGAAGGUUCUCCUCUGGUUGGUCCUGCUGGGUCUGUUUGUGGAACUGGAAUUUGGCCUGGCUUAUUUUGUCCUGUCCAUGUUCUAUUGGAUGUACGUAGGGACUCGGAGUCCCGAGGAGAAGAAAGAAGGAGAGAAGAGCGCCUACUCUGUGUUCAACCCGGGCUGUGAAGCCAUCCAGGGCACCCUGACUGCUGAGCAGCUGGAGCGAGAGUUACAGCUCAGACCCCCACAGGAGAGGUAGGACCAGCCCCAGCUGGCCCUCCUGUCCUUGAACAUGGACUUAGAGGACAAAGGACAGCUUGCAGGGUGGUCACAUUCUUCACUUUUCCCCUGAUCUGCUGCAGUUUCAUCUUGGAACUCCUCUUUGAUUUAGGUGAAAUUUUCGAAAGGACACUCAGGGCGGGGCUGAUGCAGUAUAUAAAAGCCAUAUAAGAAAGA